AUGACAAAAGGAAGGCAGCUGUGGGAUUAUUUCUUUCACCUUCCCUGUAUGAUGGAUGGAGACAUAUUCACUGACACUUUGGUGCCAUCUGGGAACAUGAUACCAAAUUUUAUCAUGACCAUAGAACAGAAAACAUUUCCCUUUGUGAUUUUAUUAUUUAUUUUGUUGGGAAUAGUCAUUGUUCACUGCUUCUGACUUCUUCUUGACCCCUAUCAGAGUAUGUCAACCUCAACCUGGACUGAUGGACUUGAUGGACUGAAGAAAGGCCAGUUUUACUAUGGUCUUGCUUAG